AUGACCAGUCACACCCUCAUCCAGAAGACGUCUGCAGUGAGAGAAUGUGUCGUUGGUUCAUCCUCCUCUUCCUCUUCCUCGGGUCUGGAGGUGAAGUGUUCAGACUCGGUGCGUCUGGUCUCGGGGCCCAGUCUGUGCUCAGGAUCAGUGCAGAUCUGGGACCAGUCCUGGACCUGGGUCUGUGAAGGGGCCUUGGACCAGCAGGGGGCAGAGGUGCUGUGCAGGGAGCUGGGCUGUGGGGCUCCUUCUCUCCUCCAGGGGGCGCUCUCUCCUCUGAAGCAGAAGUUCCACUGUGAGGGCAAUGAGUCUGCUCUGAUGGACUGUCCCCACUCCGGCUCAGAGACCUGCUCCUCUGGAGCCGCUGUCAACCUCACCUGCUCAGAGCCGCUCAAGCUGGUGGGAGGGGCCAGUCGCUGUGCUGGGACUGUGGAGGUGAGACUCAGAGGAGAGUGGAGACGGGUGUGGCCCAUUGGACUCUUUGAACCCUGGUCCCUGGAGGACACAGCUGCUGUGUGCAGAGACCUGGACUGUGGCUCUGCUGUUUAUGGAGAAAACAGGAAUGAUUUUCCACAGAGUCCAGUGUGGAGAGUCUCAUCUGACUGUGUGAAGAAGUCUGCAGUGAGAGAAUGUGUCUUUGGUCCAUCCUCCUCUUCCUCGGGUCUGGAGGUGAAGUGUUCAGACUCGGUGCGUCUGGUCUCGGGGCCCAGUCUGUGCUCAGGAUCAGUGCAGAUCUGGAACCGGACCUGGGUCUGUGAAGGGGCCUUGGACCAGCAGGGGGCAGAGGUGCUGUGCAGGGAGCUGGGCUGUGGGGCUCCUUCUCUCCUCCAGGGGCCGCUCUCUCCUCUGAAGCAGAAGUUCCACUGUGAGGGCCAUGAGUCUGCUCUGAUGGACUGUCCCCGCUCCGGCUCAGAGACCUGCUCCUCUGGAGCCACUGUCAACCUCACCUGCUCAGAGCCGCUCAGGCUGGUGGGAGGGGCCAGUCGCUGUGCUGGGACUGUGGAGGUGAGACACAAAGGAGAGUGGAGGCGGGCGGAGUCCUCUAGAUUCUGGGACCUGGAGAACACAGCUGCUGUGUGCAGAGACCUGGACUGUGGCUCUGCUGUUUAUGGAGAAGAGAGAGAUGGUUUUCCACAGAGUCCAGUGUGGAUGGUCCCAUAUGACUGUGUGAAGGAGUCUGCAGUGAGAGACUGUGUCAUUGCCUCACCCUCCUCUCCCUGGGGUCUGGAGGUGAAGUGUUCAGACUCGGUGCGUCUGGUCUCGGGGCCCAGUCUGUGCUCAGGAUCAGUGCAGAUCUGGGACCAGUCCUGGACCUGGGUCUGUGAAGGGGCCUUGGACCAGCAGGGGGCAGAGGUGCUGUGCAGGGAGCUGGGCUGUGGGGCUCCUUCUCUCCUCCAGGGGGCGCUCUCUCCUCUGAAGCAGAAGUUCCACUGUGAGGGCCAUGAGUCUGCUCUGAUGGACUGUCCCCGCUCCAGCUCAGAAACCUGCUCCUCUGGAGCCGCUGUCAACCUCACCUGCUCAGAGCCGCUCAGGCUGGUGGGAGGGGCCAGUCGCUGUGCUGGGACUGUGGAGGUGAGACACAGAGGAGAGUGGAGACGGGUGGAGCCCUCUGAACUCUGGGUCCUGGAGCACACAGCUGCUGUGUGCAGAGACCUGGACUGUGGCUCUGCUGUUUAUGGAGAAAAGAGAGAUGAUUUUCCACAGAGUCCAAUGUGGUGGGUCUCACCUCACUGUGUGAAGAAGUCUGCAGUGAGAGAAUGUGUCUUUGGUUCAUUCUCUCCCUCUUCCUCGGGUCUGGAGGUGAAGUGUUCAGGUCCUCCCUCUCCUCCUCCUCCCUCCUCUCCCUCUGUGUGGAUGCUGUGGCUAGUGCGCCCUCUGCUGGUGUCCAGUCCAUACGCCGUGUGCACUGUGCUGCUGGUGCUGAUCUACAGGGAGCAGCGUCGCACAGGAAGUGCACAUGUCGUUUCCAUGGAGACGGGCCAGCAGGAGGAGGAGUAUGAUGACGUCGCCGCUGAGGUCACCACCGAGCACAGCUUCUGAGCCAAUCACAGCUCUGCUUUCAUCUUUCAAAUGAGUCUGACAUUUUAAUUAAAGACUUAAGAAAUAUGUGAAUAAAAUAUAAUUUUAAUAUUCACUUUAUUUGUA